AUGACCGUUUCGGUUCCUGAUGAUGGAAACUUUUCGACAUCGUCAGAAAACACUAAUACCUCGCAGCCCAAGAGCAUAGAGCCUCGUCCUGGGUCUUCUGUUUCGUCGGGGACGAUGUCGGAACCACAUGGGAAGUUUGAGUUCUCAUGUCCGGUCAAGCAAUGGGACGAGUAUCAUAAGACAGAAUCCGAAACAAGAUUCAAUUUCGUGUCGCCGGAAUUCUUGUCACCUAAAACCGCUUUUUCGCAUCUCGCUGACUUGGACAUCCCCAAAGAGAUCUCCAACUACACGUUUUAUAGUGAAUUCUUGCUCAAGCUUCAAUUUCACACUAUGAAUACACUGCCGUUCAGGAUUUGUGAGGAUUCGAUCAAUAGAGACAUGCUAAUUUCGGCAUUCAAAAUUUCGCCGCUAUACGAUUUUUGUUGGCAUGCGUUUAUGGCCACCAGUUGCAUUGAUCUUUACUUCCAACAAGUGAUGUAUGGUCACGAUGAUGUUUUGAAUCUUAAUAAGGUCACCUACUUGAAACUUGGAGAUUACCAUUUCACCAAGUCCAUGUAUUCCAUGAGUGAGGAAGUCAAAGUGCAAGAAGACAUAAAAAAAAGCGUUGCACUCAUGACCACUACAAUGUUGCAUAUAUUUUAUGCCACUGCCAGUCCUAAUCAGGAUGUCUGUUCGCGAGGCUAUUUUGGUUUAGGGCGAAAUUUAGGGCUGCUUUUCACAGACUAUGUGCUACUCUAUAGAAAUGACCCUUUAUUCAACGACGCAUGUGCACGCUACUGCAUCAAUUCUUGGUCACAAGAUGCAAGUUACUACUUCCCAGAGUUCCUUUACGACCUUGUCAACGUGGAAUAUCCGACGGCUAAUGAACCAAAUAAAAAGAGAGUACAGCCUUUGGAUCAAGACUUGCAAGCUCUAAUAAUUGCAAUGGUUGAUAGGCUGAAGAAGGAAUAUAGAGCUCACGCAAACCUUACUUCUCCUGCAGAACCAAAAAAUACACCGCGACAUAUUCCGAUUGAAUCCGUCGCUACUGGCGUGUCAUCUACUUCAUCUCUUGCAACCGGCGAAAAUGUUGCAAGAAGUUUCAAACCUUCGUAUGAGCUGGAGUAUGACAUGUAUGGUACUCUUUCGCGCUACACAGUGGAAGUUCCUGAACGCUACAUUGAUCUUCUUGAUGAAGGAGAUCCUCGCGCUUUGAUCAUCACCGCCUAUAAUAUCAUUGCCUUAGCUACAAAAAGAUACAAAUAUUGGCCUGUUUCAGUUUUUAAGAAGGAAAUUGCUGUAAUUGAGGGAAAGCUAGACAAACUGGAAAACAGCACUUUGUGGAAGAGUUGGAUCUUUGUUGCAAAGCAGACGCUUGAUGGUUUAGAGUCUUUGUAA